AUAUUAUUGUUUUUUUUUUUUUGCAAUUUACGUAUUUUUUCCCUUCUGUUUAGUUUUAUUUAUUUUCGAGAGUUGUUUUGAGACUUUCAAAGUGUUUCCAUUUCUUAUGUAGCUACUUAUAGUCUAAAAUGUAUAAAUAUUUUAUAAUUUGUAACAUUUUCUUCAUUUCCAUAAUUAGAGGGAAGGUUAUACCCCCGGUUAAUAACACUGCAACAAUUUUAUUUCCCGUUGUAUCACCACAAUCAGAGAAAAACGACAAUCCAACGUAUAAAUUGAUAAGUGAAGGUGGCUCAAUAACACAUAAUAUCAAUGCAGUUACUUUACCUAGUAAUGACUUGACUCUCAUAAAUUUAGAAAAAAAUGUAAGUGUUACUAAAGGAACAUCUGUGGUUGCAAGAAAAGGAGUCACUUAUGAAGAAUCAGGCAUCAAAAGUCACGAAGAUAAAUUAGCAUCUGAAAUUCAUCUUCCGAAAGUAGCUAAUAAUACAAACAAACUUGUUGAAUUACAGAAAGGCACAAACGCCACAACUUUAAACAUCACAAACAUUCCUAAUGAUGUACAAAAAGUGAAUGUUACCAAAAUACACAAGCCUUUAUUGGUAUCUUCUGAAUUAUUAGCAAAAAUGGACACAAUUAAUAAUGUGAGCAUUGAUGAAAAUGGGCCUAGUAUUAAAGCUCAUGUGCUAAAAGCUGGUAGCCACCCUGGAAUGAUUCUUCCCAUAGUGAUAACAAUUUUGGUUGUUCCCAUGUUUGCAGUAGUGGCCUAUAUGGCACUUAAAAGGGGCCAAGAGGCUUGGAAAAAUAGGCACUAUAAACGGAUGGACUUUCUUCUUGAUGGAAUGUACAAUGACUAAAUAUUAGAAGAAAUUGAAAGAAUGAAGACAAGCAUAAGUUAAAAGUAAUGAAUUUCAAUGUUGUCUUCAGUUUUAUGCAGUUGUUUUUUAUACAUGUUAAUUUAUGAUACAUUGCUACAUGGUUAGCAUAAUAUAUCUUAAUAUAUGAUAAAUUAAUAUCAUAAACUACUAGUUAAUUGAAAAAAAAAAGUUUUAAACUAUAUUCAUGUGUUGAAGCUCAAAAGAGAUAGAUGACAAAUUACAACAAAAGCAAUAAUAUUAAGUAUAAUAUAAUUUCUUGUACUCUGUGCUUAUGAAGUGCCUUGUUGAUAUUACUUUUCUAACUUUAGGUACAUUUUUGUAAUUUGUAUUUUUGAUAUUGAAUUAUUGGAUAUAAGUUUGUGUAGUCUUCCUAAGAUUUGUUGUGAUAUUAUAUGCAGAAUUUAACUUUUUAAUGUUAUUGUAAUAUCUAGUUAUUUUUUUUAGAAAUUAAAAUAAUGUUGAAAAGAAAAAAA